AUGACACUAGAUAAUUCCUCCCAGAUGGCAGACUUUCUCCUUCACGGCUUCCCCUCAGAGCCCAAAUUGCAGCCCCUCAUCUUUGGGAUGUUCCUGUCCAUGUACCUGGUCACGGUGCUGGGGAACCUGCUCAUCAUCCUAGCCGUCAGCUCUGAUCCCCACCUCCAUACGCCCAUGUACUUCUUCCUCUCCAACCUGUCCUUGGUGGACAUUGAUUUCACCUCCACUACGGUCCCCAAAAUGCUGGCCAACAUCCAGACACAGCAUAAAGGGAUCACAUACAAAGCCUGCCUGACACAGAUGUAUUUUGUCAUCCUCUUUGGAGUGCUGGACAUCUUCCUCUUGACCGUCAUGGCUUAUGACCGCUUUGUGGCCAUCUGCCAUCCCCUGCACUACACGGUCAUCAUGAACCCCCAGCUCUGUAGACACCUGGUUCUGGGCUCCUGGCUUCUGAGUGCCUUGAAUUCCUUGUUGCACUGCUUAAUGGCCUUGCGCCUGUCCUUCUGCACAGACUUGGAGAUCCCCAACUUUUUCUGUGAACUGAAACCCAUGGUCCAACUCGCUUGCUCUGACACCUUCAUCAAUAACGUGGUUAUGUAUUCAGCAGCUGUGGUGGUGGCCGGGGGUGCCCUGGCGGGCAUCUUGUACUCCUACUCCAAGAUUGUGGCUUCCAUCUGUGGCAUAUCCUCUGCUCAGGGCAAGUAUAAAGCCUUUUCUACCUGUGCAUCCCAUCUCUCCGUGGUCUCCUUGUUUUUUUGCACAGUCUUAGGAAUUUAUCUUAGUUCUGCAGCCACCCACGGCUCCCAGUCAAGUUCCAUUGCCUCUGUGAUGUAUGCUGUGGUCACUCCCAUGCUGAACCCCUUCAUCUACAGCCUCAGGAACAAAGAUAUCAAGAGGGCUCUGAAGGCAUUGUUAGCCAAGGGGUCUACAAAAAUACAGGUUGUAUUCACCACAGGGUCUUCACUGCACACGGACUCAUCAGGGUGGGCUUGCUGCAUGGAAGCCCUCCAAAGCAAAUUGUCCACGCCACACUGGGUGCUGAUGAAGGACCAAGGUACCCGAAUGAGACAGCAGAAAGGAGGGGAGCAUGGGGCCCCCAGCCAGACUCAGUACUGCAAAGGCAACAAGGUGCAGGAGGAAGCCAAGAAAGUUCUGGCUUCUAGCUCAUUAGGCUCUCUGCCAUCCAGUUACUGUCCCCACUAA